GGAAGAUGGCGGUCUGGAUGCGGCUGGCAGGCUGAAGCAGGAUCCUUCAUAAACACGCACAUUUAACCCGACUAAAGUAAAACCACAGACUCAUUUGGAUUAAUAUCGACUGCUGUUUCUGGUCGGUUAUGGACUGUGGGAGUAUUUUACUCGGGUACGAGCACCCCAGACGUUUCUCUUGGAGACUUUGCGGGGAGUUCCAUGUUAUUAUUAUUCGGCCCGCUGUUCGGAAAAGCUAGAGGGUUUCUCCUCCACUUUAAAGCCUUUUAAAUUGAGUUAAAAUGUCGGAUACGAAGGUAAAAGUGGCGGUUCGAGUUCGACCCAUGAAUCGGAGAGAGAUUGAGCUGAGCACAAAAUGUGUAGUUGAGAUGGAGGAAAACCAGACAGUUCUGCACCCGCCGCCCUCCAAUGCGAAAGGAGAAAACAGGAAACAGCCAAAGGUGUUUGCCUUCGACUACUGUUUCUGGUCCAUGGAUGAAUCCAACAUCCCAAAGUAUGCCGGUCAAGAGGUCGUGUUCAAGUGCCUUGGGGAGGGCAUACUCGACAACGCGUUUCAAGGGUACAACGCCUGCAUUUUUGCCUAUGGACAAACAGGCUCCGGGAAAUCGUUCUCCAUGAUGGGGAACGGCGAUCAGCCAGGACUCAUCCCGAGACUGUGCUGCUCGCUGUUUGAGAGGGUCUCCAGAGAGGAGAACGAGGCUCAUUCCUUCAAGGUGGAGGUCUCGUACAUGGAGAUCUACAAUGAGAAAGUCAGAGACCUGCUGGAUCCCAAAGGGAACAGACAGUCUCUGAAAGUUCGAGAGCAUAAAGUUUUGGGUCCGUAUGUGGACGGUCUCUCUCAGCUGGCAGUCACAAGCUUCGAGGAUAUUGAAUCUCUGAUGUCAGAGGGGAAUAAAUCACGCACAGUUGCAGCCACUAACAUGAACGAGGAGAGCAGUCGCUCACAUGCGGUCUUCAGUGUCAUCGUCACGCAGACGCUCUACGACCUGCGGUCUGGGAACUCUGGUGAGAAGGUGAGUAAGAUCAGUCUAGUGGAUCUGGCCGGCAGUGAGCGAGUGUCCAAGACUGGAGCUGCAGGAGAGAGACUCAAAGAAGGAAGCAACAUUAACAAGUCUUUGACGACUUUGGGUUGCGUGAUUUCCGCUCUGGCUGAUCAGUCUGCGGGAAAGAGCAAGAAUAAGUUUGUGCCGUACAGAGAUUCAGUACUGACGUGGCUGCUGAAGGACAAUCUCGGUGGCAACAGUAAAACGGCUAUGAUCGCCACCAUCAGUCCAGCGGCCGACAACUACGAGGAGACACUGUCGACUCUGCGGUACGCUGACCGAGCGAAGAGAAUCGUCAACCACGCCGUGGUGAAUGAAGACCCCAACGCUCGCAUCAUCAGGGAGCUCAGAGAGGAAGUAGAAAAACUGAAGGUGCAGCUGUCACAGGCGGAGUCUCUGAAAGCUCCUGAGCUGAAGGAGAAGCUGCAGGAGUCCGAGAAACUUAUUCAGGAGAUGACAGUGAGCUGGGAGGAGAAACUACGGAAGACAGAGGAGAUCGCACAGGAGCGUCAGAGGCAGCUGGAGAGCAUGGGCAUCUCUCUUGAGUCUUCAGGGAUCAAAGUUGGAGAAGAUAAAUGCUUCCUGGUCAACCUGAAUGCAGAUCCUGCUCUAAACGAACUGCUUGUUUAUUAUCUGAAGGAUCACACGCGUGUGGGUGCCGACACGUCUCAGGAUAUCCAGUUGUUUGGUAUCGGGAUCCAGUCUGAACACUGUGUGCUAGAAAUCGCCCCUGAUGGAGACGUUACGCUCAGCCCGAUAGAGAACGCCAGAACGUGUGUGAACGGCACAAUGAUCUACUCCAGCAUUCAUCUGUGGCAUGGAGAUCGCAUCCUGUGGGGAAAUAAUCACUUUUUCAGAAUCAACCUGCCCAAGCGCAAGCGGCGAGACCGUUUAAAAGAGAUGGAGAGAGACUCGCCCCGCGAGAGCUUUAUGGAAGUGGAUUUGGAGACGGCGAGCGAGGCUUCGUCCGAGCAGGACUACAGCUACGAGUUCGCACAGAUGGAGGUCAUGAUGAAAACUCUGGGGAGCAACGAUCCCAUGCAAAACGUGGUGCAGGUGUUGGAGAAACAGUAUCUGGAGGAGAAGCGUUUGGCUCUGGAGGAACAGCGUGUGAUGUACGAGCGAGAGCUGCAGUCGCUGCGGUCGCAGCUCUCGCCUGAGAAGAUUUCACAGCACCAGCGCUGCAGCAGCGACCGUCUGCCGUUCCCAACACACGGCACACACAACAAACUGCGCCUGUGGACGGACGAGAGGGAUGAGCUGUUCCGCCAGAGUUUGUCUCGACUCCGCGAGCAGGUGGUGAGAGCGAACGCUCUGGUGCGAGAGGCAAACUUCUUGUCUGAAGAGAUGCACAAACUCACAGACUACCAGGUCACACUGCAAAUACCUGCUGCCAACCUCAGUGCCAACCGCAAGCGUGGAGCUAUUGUAAGUGAACCAGCAAUCCAGGUGCGGCGUAAAGGGAAGGGAACACAAGUGUGGACCAUCGAGAAACUAGAGAACAAACUGGUGGACAUGAGAGACCACUAUAGAGACUGGAAGGAGGGCAUACAGGACGUGGAUAUCAGGCUGCAUAAUAAGGUUGCAGAUCCGUUCUAUGAAGCUCAAGAGAAUCACAACCUCAUCGGCGUCGCAAACGUCUUCCUGGAGUGUCUCUUUCAUGACACCAAGCUGCAGUAUGCAGUGCCUAUUAUCAGCCAGCAGGGGGAGGUGGCGGGUCGGGUGCACGUUGAACUCGUGCGUGUGAGCGGAGUCGUGCCCGAGCGUCUGGCGGGCGGAGACGACUCAUCCGAGAACUCCAGCGAGAGCAGCGGAUACGACGUCAUGGACAACAACGGAGAGAUUGUUCACAUGGCCAAAAAACUGACCUGCAGGGUACGGAUCAGAGAGGCGUCAGGUUUGCCUCUCAACUUGUCCAACUUCGUCUUCUGUCAGUACACAUUCUGGGAGCAGUCAGAGCCCACUGUAGCCCCGCCCAUGGUCAGCCCGGACACGCCGACCCCGCGCACCCCCGACGCGGAGUUCACUGUGCGCUUUGACCACUGCAGGGAUUUUAUGGUGCAUGUGACAGAGGAGUUUCUGGAGUUUAUCUCAGAUGGAGCUCUGGCGAUAGAGGUGUGGGGUCACCGUUAUGCCGGUAACAGUCGUUCAGGGUUGGAACUGGACGCUCUGCAGGCCAAGACACGAUCGCUCAGAGACAGGUGGAGUGAGGUCUCACGUAGAGUUGAGCUGUGGGUCUCCAUACAGGAGCUGAACGAACAGGGCGAGUAUUCACCCGUUGAUCUGCACCCAAACAAAGACACCAGCACCGGAGGAGUGUUUCAGCUGCGGCAGGGUCACUCUCGGAGAGUGCAGGUGUGUGUUCAACCGGUGCAGCAUUCAGGAACUCUGCCGCUGCUUGUGGAGGCUCUUCUGUCUGUUUCUAUCGGAUGUGUGUCCGCUCGAUCCAUUAAACUACAGAGAGCGCUGGACAGCUAUCAGAGAGAGGAAGACGACGAUAUGGAUAGUUAUCAGGAAGAAGACCUCAACUGCGUGCGGGAGCGCUGGUCUGACGCUCUCAUCAAACGCAGGGAAUAUCUAGAGGAGCAGAUUAAGAAGAUCAUCAACAAAACAGAGAAGUCGGAGGAGGAUGUGGAGAGAGAGGCCAGACUGGUGGAGCAGUGGGUGGGACUGACGGAGGAGAGGAACGCCGUGUUGGUUCCGGCUCCUGGCAGCGGAAUACCAGGGGCCCCUGCACACUGGGUUCCCCCUGCUGGCAUGGAGGCUCACAUCCCUGUGCUGUUCCUGGACCUAAAUGCUGAUAAUCUGACCGUGAAUGAUCAGCUGACCGGUCCUCACGCAGCCGGUGUGAACUCUAUUCUUCCUAAAGAACAUGGCAGCACGUUCUUCUACCUGCCCAUCAUCAGACAAAGCCAUGACCAGGUGUCAGCCGUGUGUUCCUGGGAUUCAUCCAUCCAUGAUUCCAUCCACCUAAACCGGAUCACGGUGCCCAGCGAGCGGAUCUACCUGAUUGUAAAAGCCACAGUGCAGCUCAGUCACCCAGCCUGCAUGGAGCUAGUGCUGCGCAAGAGAAUAGCCGUCAACAUCUACAACAAACAGAGUUUCACUCAGAGUCUGAAGAGAAGGAUGUCUCUGAAGAACGUGCUGCACUCGUGUGGAGUUACAUACGAGAUUGUGUCGAACAUACCAAAGGCAUCAGAGGAACCAGAAGAGCGAGAGACUCUGGCGUUGAUGGCGGCACGAGGAGAGAGUGAAGAGACUCUGGAUGGAGAGACGUACAUCGAGAAAUACACCAGAGGAGUUCUGGAGGUGGAGAAUAUUCUGUGUCUCGAGAGACUCCGACAGGCAGUGACUGUGAAGGAAGCUCUCUCUUUUAAAGGAAGGCACAUACGCAGAAGUCUCAGCACUCCGAACGUACAGCACAGCUCUUGUUGUAAAUCAGAUGUGACGGGCUGUGAGGAUGAAGAUAUCAAGGGUCACUGUGAUGGUCACACGGACGUCUCUGAAUCCAACCCCCAAGAGCUGUCUCUCAACAGUGUCCUCUCUAAAGACACACCUGUCAAAAGCAGGGAGAAUCAUGGGUCAGUACCAGAGAGUCCAACGUUCUUCAACUCCAGUCCGUUUAAGGUUCUCUCACCUCAGCCGCCCAAAUUCCUCAAAUCUCUCCUGCCAGUGAGAGAGGAGAACAAAGCCAAACGCGCUCUGGAGUCACGACCUCUGCUGGGACAGGAGAGCAUGCGCAGGUUUGUGGAGAGCAGCGGUCUGGGCUGCAGACCCAGGGCCCAGAGUGAGGGCCACACCCACAGUGACAUCAGCAGUGACAUCAGCACCAGCAGAGCCAAUCACAGAAAGCAAAGACUCAGCACAGAUCUCACUCUCACACCGCCACACACUGUUGAUUCAGAAGAGGAAGAGCAUGACGUAGAGUCAGCCUUCACCCAUUCCAGUGUUCCAGGGUCUCUCAGGUCUGAACAGCUCCAAAACUUCAAGCCCUACGUCCCGGAGGAUUUUGCCAACUUUGAGGUGUACAAUGCCAGUCUUGACACCAAGGAUGGGGCGCAGGAGGAAUUGGCAUCUGGGGUAGAGCCAUUACCAGAGACAAGGACUGUAGAAAAGGAAGUGUCCCGAAGUCCCACAGCCAGCAGCUGUACGAGCGGUUACUUCUCCCAUAGUGCCUCAAACGCAACUCUGUCCGACGUGCUCUUUAGUGGCAGCGAUAGUUGCGACCAGCUCAAUAGCAAAGAAACCUCCGAACCUCCGGAACAUGGCUGUCCUGGAGGUAGAGCGUUCCUACCUUACAGAAGUACCUCAGGAGUUGAGACCGUUCACAUUCAACGCUGUUCUCGUAACUGCAUCGACCGGGACUGCUCUUCGCCGCUUCCCCGAAAAUGCAUCCUGAGUGUUAGUCAAGAAUUCACAGACUUUAAGGGGGCAGAUGAUGGUAUAGGAGCCGAAGACCCGGGUCACUUCGAGACAAGCUGGCAAGCGGAGGCGAAUCUCCCAGACCUGGGGAAGCAAAACUCUGCCAGAUCGUCAGAAAGCAAUUGUGUCGCAGUUCCAUUGGCUCAAUGCCAUCUUCACAAUGGAAAAGAGUCUCCCAGUGUUCCUGUACCUGACAACAACCCAGAGCUGGAAUCAUCUAGAGGACUUGAUGACUCGGAGGAUGCAGAACCUUCUGCAGACUCCAGUGAGGACGAGAAUGCACCUGUUGCUCAGCUGCCGGACUGGAUGGCUCCCGGUGAGCAGGUGUGGGUGGGGAGGCAGAGUGGGACGGUGCAUUAUGUUGGAGGGGUGGAGUUUGCCAAGGGCAUCUGGGUUGGAGUGGAACUAGACCUUGCUGUAGGCAAACACAAUGGUACGGUUCAAGGAAGGGUGUAUUUCCGCUGCGCCACAGGUCAUGGCGUCUUUGUGAAGCCAUCCGGUCUGACCAGAGGACCUCCAUCCAUUGAUGCCGAACCUCAACCUGUGCUCCAAUAGGGACUUAAUAUUGACAUAAAGGUGACUUGUGUCAAUGGAAUUGCAGAAAUAAUGACUGUUUUCAAGCAAGUUUCAAACACUACACCUUUUUGCCAUUAUUCGGUCAAACUGGUAGUCCUUCCGCCAUUGGUUGAGCCAGUGUUGUCUGACCCCGUCGGGAUGCUCAAACAGAGUGCAGUUCUUUGCCGCUAGUGGCGCAGAAAUUACACACUUUAAGUUUAAGAGCGGAUGGAUGGAUUCUUUAACACCAGCAUGGACAAACUGCGUACUUGACCCAUCCUUUUUUAGUACAUGCCAGAUAUGUGUUGAUCGAUUCCCCUUAUUCUGUGGCAAAACAUUUUACGUGUGUUUGUGUGUGUUGUUUUAAAGUUAUAGGACUAUUUCAGUAUCAUCUUUGAAUGUCAAAAGUUGCACAGUUGCACAAAAGCGUUUUAUAUCAUGUUAGCUUUGAUAUAGCUGAAAUACUAACUUCACGUAAACUUCCAUCUUGGAGAGUGUACCACUUCUUAUAUGACUAAAUCUAUUAAUCAAACGAUGCCUAACUAUUGUUUUACUUUGAGUGAUUGGAAAAAUUUCGAUCUGUUUUAGGUAAGAAUGAACUACUGUUUCUGAACAUUUUUGUUUGCUCGAUUAUAUCAGGUAUUACCAAAGACAUAGCCUUUCAAAUCUGCUGUGCAAACUGCAAAGAUGUCAUCAUUUUUGUAAUUACUUUGGCACUGCGUGUUUGCCUGUGUACUUAAGUAUUUUUUCGAUGGAUUUAUGCUAAUAUGCUAAGCGCUAUGUUGGAAGACCACAUGCCCUUCUUGAACUUCAUAAUUGUGAUUGAUUGAGCAAUUUUAAGUUUUGAAGGUAUUUCGAUUGGACGGCAAGCCUGUCGCAUUAUUGGCUUGUUGAGUACUGUAACUGUUGAAGGACUGCCAAUAUUUCUAAUAACGAAGCUUUCAGCAUUGCACUGGAGUAACUUAUCCUGGAUGCACAUUAAGUUACGUAAUGCACAAACUUUUACGCUUUCUCAGAUACUGAUUUGACGCUUCUCAGGAGGUUGACAGGAAGUGACAAAGUCUGUAUAGUGUGGUCACCUGAUGCGGAGAGCACCUUGCUUUCUUUAUCAGACUGUUGGCAGUAGGAUGCGCUAUUGGCUUACUGUCGCCAAACUGCGCUAGAUCAGAAAUGCCCUUAAGUACUGACACAAGUCCCGUUUCUCAAUGGGGUAUUUUUAGAUAGUCGAAUUCUAGGUUUAUCCACUUAAUAUUGAAGCUUUCAAGCAUUCAUGUUUUUUUGACUGUUGCGAAUGAUUUUAAUAGUUUGUGAUACUAAAGCCAACAUGAAUAUGUUUUAUUUAGGUAUAAAUGGGAAUAUUGGGGAAUGGGAUAUUGCUUAAAUAAUGAUAGUGUGUGUGGCAUGACAGUGCUGUUAUUGCUCAGUUUUAUCUGAAGAACUGUGGAUCUGUCAUUGGAGAUGGUAAAAUAAAAACCCACGACCUUACGUAAAAAAACAAAAACAAAGCUGCUCUCCUUGACCAAGGAGCUGUACAUAAAAUGUAUGAACAUAGUAUUUACACUAUUAUAAUGUACAGAACUGUAUUGUAUUUAUAUUGUAUCUGCAGACUGUUAAAGUUGGUACAAAGAUGUUGUAGAAUACAGAAUGUUUACAAACA